CGAAGUUGAGAAUUUUACGUCAUUUCCUGUCUCUUAAAGCGUGUUGCGUGUUAAAAGAAAGGGAAAAUGGCAGGGGACAUGAGGACAGAGGACUACCCUCAUGAGAUAGACGAACAGCUCACAAGCUUCGACUCCUCCGUUUCUUCUAUUAAAGCCAUGUUGGAGAAGUUGAUGUCGAUGCCCAGAAAUGAUCUGGUGGAAAAGUUGGAUCCUUUGGAUCAGGCUAAGCUGGAUCUGAUGUCUGCCUACACCCUCAAUUCAUUAUUCUGGAUGUACUUGGUUACACAAGGAGUAAAUCCCAGAGAACACGGAAUCAAGCAAGAACUGGAGCGAAUAAGGACAUACAUGAACAAAGUGAAGGAGAUCACCGACAAGAAGAAAGCUGCCCGUCUAGAUAAGGGGGCUGCUGCACGCUUUGUUAGGAAUGCUCUCUAUGAUCCAGAGGAAAAGGAUUCUAGAACAAAAGUAGCAACGAAGAAAGCAGCAGACACAUCAUCCGACACUCCUCGGUCAAAGCGUCCAAAGCAGAGCUGAAGUAGAGGAGGUGCCGUACACUCUGGUCCCACUUCAGUAAACAUUAUGGAGCAGUGAGCACUGGAGUUAACAGUUUUUAUUUCUAAGGCUGUGUGAGAAGGCCUCAUAAAAGACUACUGGAGACAACGAAAUAUACUGUGAUGUUCAUCUGAGUUGCUCAGCAGUCAGCAUCAUAUUUUGGAGUCAGAUUAUUGGUCACUCUUGUCCUGCAGCACUCAGCAAAUGUUGCUGGUUGUACUAGAAACAGAAGACUAACUUCCAUCCACAACACACCAUCCAGGGUUCCUGAAAACAUUUCUGGACAUUGACGCUGACAACUUAUGUAGAAUUUCUCUCUUUUCUUUUUAUGUUACUUCAUCACUCAGUUGUUGUAUGUUAGUGGGGAAAAGUGAGUAAAAGAUUAAUUGAGGAGAUGCAGGAGGGGAAAUAUGUGAUUUCAGAUUAUGGUUCUUCUUUUAUAUGAAGGAGAAAUGUUGAUGCCUGGGUAUUUUUGAAAAUGAUUCUAUGAAUCAUAAUUUGUUCUUACACUCAUGCCUUGUUUUAAACAUUGUACCCAGAUUUUUUUUGUGAUGUAUUUCCUUUAGAACUGGCUUUUGAAGAAAAAUGCUAACCAAA